CAGCUCCUCGCAGUCAGAGCUGAAGGUGCGUUCAUAUGCAUCAGCAGCACAGAGUGCAUGCAUCACACGGUGCCACAAGAAGAACGACCACCAAGCAGAACAAUUUCGAACAUCCUCGUGGAUAUUUAAAAACGUCUCUCCUUUUUUGGCUGCCUCAUUUAACUUUUGUGUGAUUUUUUUUUUUAAAAGCUUUUUUGAGUUGUUUUUGUUGCAUUAACUUGAGGAAGUUCCUUGAAUUCCGAGGGCAUGUCUCGCAAGAAGGCAACGAGGAGCAGAAACACUGGCAGCCCCUCCGGGAAAGGCAGCGGCAAAGGUGCGCGGAGCAGCCCGGCCAUGGCGCACUUGAACGGGGUGGUCCAUCCCAGCGGACCCCCCAUCAGCAACAGCAGCGAGUUUUACGACAUCGCCUUCAAGGUGAUGCUGGUGGGCGAUUCGGGCGUAGGCAAAACCUGCCUUCUGGUUCGCUUCAAGGACGGCGCUUUCCUGGCCGGCAGCUUCAUCUCCACGGUGGGCAUCGACUUCCGGAAUAAAGUUCUCAGUAUUGACGGAGUCAAGGUCAAGCUGCAGAUCUGGGACACGGCCGGCCAGGAGAGGUUCCGCAGCGUCACCCACGCUUACUACCGCGACGCCAACGCUUUGCUACUGCUCUACGAUGUCACCAACAAAACAUCCUUUGACAACAUUCAGGCUUGGCUGACAGAGAUCAACGAGUACGCCCAACAGGAUGUGGUGCUCAUGCUACUCGGGAACAAGGCUGACGCCACUCAUGAGCGGGUGGUGAAGAGAGAGGAUGGCGAAAGGCUUGCAAAGGAGUUUGGGGUCCCCUUCAUGGAGACGAGUGCCAGGUCUGGUCUCAACGUUGACUUGGCCUUCACCGCUGUGGCCAAGGAGCUCAAGCAUCGUUCUGGGAAGGAUCCUUGCGAGAACUUUAAACUGCAAGAAUUUGUCAACAACGAGGUCAAGAGUGCUAGCUGCUGCCGGUCGUAAAAUUGUGAGCCCAAAUGCGUAUUACAGUGAUCCCUCGCUACUUCACGCUUCAAACUUCGCGUCCUCCAUCCAUUUCGGAUUUUCUUUCAAUUAAAAAAAUGAAUAAAUAAAAACAGAUGAGCUGUCCCGAUCCGAUCACAUAGUCUCACUCGCCCUACUUCUUUUCAUGAUAAGGCAGUUCAAUUGAUUUGCUCAUUAAAGUUAACGAUGAUUGACAGACGUUAAGGUCUGAUCUUGCCGGACAUGCUUGGAAGCCGAAACUUCAAAGCGCCGCAUGUGUCAAUCGUCGUUUAGCUUGUUAAACACUUGCUGUGGCAACUUAUACAGUGGGGCCAAUAAGUAUUUAGUCAACCACUAAUUGUGCAAGUUCUGCCACUUGAAAAUAUUAGAGAGGCCUGUAAUUGUCAACAUGGGUAAACCUCAACCAUAAGAGACAAUGUGGGAAAAAAAACAGAAAAUCACAUUGUUUGAUUUUUAAAGAAUUUAUUUGCAAAUCAUGGUGGAAAAUAAGUAUUUGGUCUAUACCAAAAGUUCAUCUCAAUACUUUGUUUUGUACCCUUUGUUGGCAAUAACAGAGGCCAAACAUUUUCUGUAACUCUUCACAAGCUUUUCACACACUGUUGCUGGUAUUUUGGCCCAUUCCUCCAUGCAGAUCUCCUCUAGAGCAGUGAUGUUUUGGGGCUGUCGUUUGGGCAACACGGACUUUCAACUACCUCCUCACCCCGUGGCAUCAAAAUUAUAACAAGAACGGGGAGCAAAAAUCCCAGAACCACACGGGGGGACCUAGUGAAUGACCUCCAGAGAGCUGGGACCACAGUAACAAAGGCUACUAUCAGUAACACAAUGCGCCGCUAAGGACUCAAAUCCUUCACUGCGAGACGUGUCCCCCUGCUGAAGAAAGUACACGUCCAGGCCCUUCUGCGGUUCGCUAGAGAGCAUUUGGAUGAUCCAGAAGAGGACUGGGAGAAUGUGUUAUGGUCAGAUGAAACCAAAAUAGAACUUUUUGGUAGAAACACAGGUUCUCUUGUUUUGAGGAAAAAGAAUACUGAAUUGCACCAUACCCACUGUAAAGCAUGAUUUGGGGCUGUUUUUCUGCAAAGGGACCAGGACGACUGAUCUGUGUAAAGGAAAGAAUGAAUGGGGCCAUGUAUCGAGAGAUUUUGAGUGAAAAUCUUCCUCCGUCAGCAAGGGCAUUGAAGAUGAGACGUGGCUGGGUCUUUCGGCAUUACAAUGAUCCCAAACACACAGCCAGUGCAACAAAGGAGUGGCUUCGUAAGAAGCAAUUGAAGUUCCUGGAGUGGCCUAGCCAGUCUCCAGAUCUCAACACCAUAGAAAAUCUGCGGAGGGAGUUGAUAGUCUGUGUUACCCAACGACAACCCCAAAACAUCACUGCUCGAGAGAUGUACAUGGAGGAAUGGGCCAAAAUACCAAUGUUUAUUUAUUUAUUUUUUUUUUUUUAGUGGGGGCGCUACUUUUUUGUUUUACUGUUUUUUACUUAUCGUGGCAGGUUUUGGUCCCCAUUAACCAGGAAAAACAAGGGAUCACUGUACGAGUAUACAUCUGCUUUGGAAGGAUGUGAUUAACAUAACAUCGAAUGGUGUACAUUUUGCAUGUAAAAAAAUUCUGAUUAACUACAGAAUGUUUUCAAUGUUAAGUAUUUAAAAAAAUGUGUAUAGUACUCUGUAUAAUUUCUUGUAUUUCAUAUUCAGUUGGUGCGUCGUGUUCAUUUCUAGAUCGAAAUUAGGGGUGGGAACCUCUGGUUACCUCACGAUACAGUUUGCGAUACAAGGCUCACGAUAACGAUCUUACUAUAUGGGGAGUAGAGAUGUUCCGAUCGAUCGGGAUGUCCGCUCACGUCAUUUUCAAAGUAUCGGAAUUGGCAAAAAUAUAUCGGCCAUGCCUUUUUUUUUUAUAUAUUUUUUUCUAUUAAAUCGUUUUCUAAUUGUAUUUAACGUUACAGACAUAUUAUGUAACACUUAUCCAGAGUCUUUAGUUUAGGCUUAAGGUAGGGUUAUCAAAUUUAUCCCAAUAACGGCGGUAUUUAACUCAUUCACUCCCAGUCAUUUUCACCAGAGCAAGGCCCUUCGCUCCCGGCCGAUUUUGACUGAUUUUGCAAGGCCCACAAAAAAUUCUGUUCUAUUGCUAUAUAAACUUGGAACCCACCAAAAGAAAGAUUAGACUCUCUGCUUUCAGCAGAAAAAAAAAGUAAGUUCGUAUCUUUUUCCAUUCUUUAGAAAUCAGCAUUAGAAAAUAGCUUAGUUUGAGCAAUUUUCCAAUUUCUGAUGAAAAAACAGAGAAAAUUAGCUUUUUGUAAACGCAGACAUUUCAAACAUAACUUUGACUUUAACAAAGCUAUUUUUUGCUUUAGUUACAUUCCAAACAUCUGAAUAAUGUUUUCCUUUUACAAAAUACCAUGAACAACCAGACAAAUAGAACUUUAGAUAGCAAAGUAACAAUUUAUUCACACACGACUACUGAGAGAUGACGGUUUGUCGCCGAGAUGACGCCGUUGUCGCCACGUCAGCUGUGUAAACUUUUCCCUCAUCGUUGUCUGUCUCACCAAGAUGGAUUAUUUUUGCAUUUCUGCGGGGUCUGCUUGGCGAGCCGCUCCACGGGGGGUUUCAACUUGUUUUGCACGGUCGUCCAGCGCCCGGCGUCCCAGGCGUCCUCUCGUUGUUUUGUUCGGUCGGAGCGCCGCCUAGCUUCAUGCCGCCAACGCUCUGACCAUGCUGCCUGGCUGUUCACUGCUGUUGAAUCGGGUUGCCUGGUCUUACAAAAUGCGCUACUGCCCUCCAGUGGCCAGUUUUAUUGCUUUAAAAUGGGUUUGGAGCGUUGUUCUUUGUUUCUCAGAUACAGCGGAAGCUAUAUAUGCUUCUUAUAAAAAAUAAAAACGCAAAAGACGUAUAAAUACGUUUUUGGGACAGUGGAGCAUUUAAAAAUACAACGUAUUUAUACAUUUCUGGGAGCAAAUGAGUUAUUUUUUUAAAAAAUGUAUCACGUUUAAAUAUUUAACACAAUUAAUGCAUGCGCUGCACGACCUACUCACGCAUUGACGCGCUCCAUCUGUAAUGGUGCCGCUUUGCCUAUAUAGAGAGCUAAAAGGCAGCGUAUAAUGAGUAGAGUGAAUUUUGGCAACUUUUGGAACCUUAUUUUAAUUGGUUAAAGCCUUACAAUCCCUCUCCCUACGACUAGAAAUAUCAUGGGAGAAAUGUGGGGAAGCAAGGUAGCAAUUGAUCUUUUUCUUAACACCAUAAGUUAUAUCGCAUUGCAGAGAAGAUAGGUGAAUUGGUAGCACUACGCACAGUCGUGGUUUCACUUGUCAUGGUUCCACUUCCCAUCAUGCAUUGGGCAUGGCCUUCAGUAUCAUUUACUGAAAGCUCAACAAAUACACUAGAUGGCAAUAUUUAGUCACAAUAUACAAAGUCACAUUUAUCCUUUAAGAAUUACAAGUCUUUCUAUCCGUGGAUCCCUCUCACAGAAAGAAUGGUAAUAAUGUAAAUGCCAUCUUGAGGAUUUAUUGUCAUAAUAAACAAAUACAGUACUUAUGUACUGUAUGUUGAAUGUAUAUAUUCGUCCGAGUUUUAUUCAUUUUUUUCUUAAUGCAUUGCCAAAAUGUAUAUGAUCGGGAAAAAUUAUCGGGAAUGAUUGGAAUUGAAUCGGGAGCAAAAAAAAAAAGCAAUCGGAUCGGGAUAUAUCAGGAUCGGAUCGGGAGCAAAAAAACAUGAUCGGAACAACCCUAAUGGGGGGAUAAUAAUUAUCGGGAAAUCAUUCUGUAAUAUUCUACAACACAACUAAUAAACACACAACAAGGUAUUUUCAUUCUUCUGCUGUGAUUUGGAAUGCUUAUUAGUAGUAGACGUCCUCUCAGUUUGAAGUGGGAUGGAUGGCAGCGAAUGAACGAAUGUCUACUAGUAGUAAACUCAUUCCCAUUCACAGCAGAAUAAUGAAAAUAGCUUGUUUUUUUGUUUAUUAGUUCAUUUGUAGAAUAUUCUAGAAAGAUUUCCUGACCAAUGUAUCGAUAAUCGUCGUAUCGCCGUAUCGUGAGCUUUGUAUCGCAAAUCAUAUCGUAUCGUGAAUUAAAAAGAGGUUCUCACCCCUAAUAUAUUGUCGCACCCUGAAUUAAAAUGCUCAUAUUUUUCACUAUAGUGUCAGUCAAUUUGAAAUAAUCUUCAGUGGAAUCAUUUAAGUGUUAAGCCUUACACUUUUUGUACAAUGUUUGCUUCAGUUGUAGGAAUUAGGAGUAUUAGAAAUAGUCAAAUGGCGUUUAAGUUUGUGUUUAUUGUUGGGUUUUUUCACGUUUGGCCAUUGUUUUUCAGUAUGUAAGUAAGAUGCAAUAUGUGCAAUAAAAACACAAGACAGUAUUGUAAUCUGUAUAAUUGUUAAUAAAGAAAUAUGAUCAAAAAUACUUGGCAAAAGGUUUUGAAGCAUGUGUGGUGUGCUUUUUGUUGGCAUGGAACUCAACAGUUCCUCAAAUAUUAUGUGUUCAAGUGAAUAAAUUAGC